AAUCUGCUGACGGAGAGAGAGAGAGAGAGACAGAGGAGAAAGAGGAAGGAAACACGGAGAGAAGACGACUCUCUGAGCUCCUCUCUGGCUUCAGAUCAGCUGAUAAGAAUCUGACGCCUAGGACUCAGCAAGACGAGCGACUCAGGGAGAACAAACGCAGCAGGAAGACGAAGAAGUCAGGAACGAGAGGGAGCAGGCGCCUGGUGCUGAGGCUGGUAUGAGAGAAGAAGGCUGUCAAGCGGUCUGGGUGUGAGUGAACACCCUCUAGUGGAGCUGCUGACAAGCUGUCCUGCAGAGCUGCCUGUUUUAAUAUCAGCAUUUCAAGAGGUCUAUGGUCCAACGUUGAAGAGAGACCAUGUGGUGUUUGGAACUGCUCAUACCACUGCUGUUGAUCAUCAAUGACGGCAGUUGCCAGUGGAACGUUUGGGUACCACGGGACAUCUCGGCCAUGACAAACUCCUGCGUGGUCAUCCCGUGCACCUUCAUGUAUCCGUCUGGCAUCAGGCCGUACCGUGGCACUCACGGUAUCUGGUACUUCGGCCAGCCGUACCCUCAGCUCUUCCCUCCCGUUGUCUUCAAAUCACGCACGGACGUCGUGCACGAGAGCUACAAGGGCCGCACCAAGCUGCUGGGUGACCUGCACCAGAGGAACUGCACUCUGCUCAUCAACAACAUCGGCACAGAGCACUCAGGGAGAUACUACUUUCGUGCUGACCUCGGUGGAGCCAACAUGUAUACGUACCCAGACUUCUCUGAGCUCAAAGUCCUGGAUCAACCCAACAUCGACGUCCCAGAGGAGAUUGUCAGCGAUGAGAGUCUGGAACUGACAUGCUACGCUCCAGACAACUGCCCCGACAUGACUCCAGAGAUCCAGUGGAUGUACACCGACUACCUGCCAGACCCGGAGUUCAGCUCCGACUACCUGGAGGAGAGCAACACAGCGGUACUCUCCAGCACCCUUACCUUCAUACCCAGACCCAUGCACAACGGGCAGCUCCUGGGCUGCAGGGUCUACUACCCCAACACCACACUUGUCUACGAGAGGCUCAUCUCUCUUGACAUCAAGUAUGCUCCACGCUCUGUGUGGGUGAACGUGUCCUCAGAGGUGAUGGAGGGCAGCUCUGUGAUGCUGCACUGCGAGGUGGACAGUAACCCUUCUCCCAGGAUCUCCUGGAUGUUCGGAGACCAGGAGCUGCUGUGGGACACUGCGUCCAACGUCUCCCUCUCCCUGGACGACGUGACGCCUGCGCAGGAGGGAAUCUACACCUGUGUCGGGGACAAUGGCUACGGCCUAAUGAACACUUCACUUUACCUGGCGGUCAAGUACCCUCCCCGCGAGCCUGUGGUGAACGACUCUAUGACGGUACAGGAGGGAUCCUCGCUGGCUCUGCACUGCAGCACCCAGGGCAGCCCAGCCCCAACACUCACCUGGCUGAAGGACGGGGAGCUGGUGGGCACCAUCACCGCUGACGCACUGUCAGUGCUGCAGAUUGCAGAGAUCACACCGCAGGGAGACGGACAGUACCGCUGCCUGGCCGAGAACGAGCAUGGAAGAGCCAGCAGCUCCUUCAACAUCACUGUUGAGUAUGCUCCGGUCCUUCUGGAGGAGUCAAAGUGCACCGUGGUAAGGGAGGGCGUCCAGUGUGUCUGCAUUGCCACAGGAAACCCUGAACCCACCAUCGAGUUCUAUCUGCCCGACCUGAACAUCACCAUCAACGAAACGGAUGGCCGGUACAACUAUUACACACACACAGAUGGACAUACCUCCACGGGUAUGAUAAAGCUGCGGGAGAAAGGCGAGCGGGUAGACAAUGGCGGCCCUGCUGUCAACGUCCACUGCAGCAUCUACAACAUGUACGGAAGAGAAAGCGUACACCUGGAGCUGCAGCAGGAGAAAAAGUACAUGAUGGCAGUUAUAGUUGGCACGAUUGGAGGAGUGGCGGUCAUAGCCUUCAUCAUUGCAGCAGUGAGAUACGUUGGCCACAACAACAAAAAAGAGAAUGGCAACCCUAGGCAGGACGUGGUCCUGGAGAACCCAGCUUUGUACUACAGCGCAGUCAAGAAGGACAAACAAAAUCUGAGGAAGAAAGUGGGAGAAGACGGGGAUUAUCAACCUGUGGGCUCUAUGGCAGGACUGGAGAAGCAAGAGUUGAAUUACGCUGCUCUGGAGUUUAUCGGGGCCAGGCCCAGGGAGGGGGCCUCAGGGAGGGGGGAUGAUGGCAGCAACUACUCGGAAAUCAAAGCCAAAUGAAUCGCAAUCCUUCCCUGAUCCCUCGGCUAUGCGAGAUGCAGUGGCAGCCCCAACACAUGUCCUGUCCCAUAUACUGUGUAAUAACCCCCCAUCCUCUACUGGAUUUCAUCCCGCAUUCGGUGACUCCUUGUUUCUUAUUCCUUCAGAUUUCACAUAUAAUGUUACACUACUCCCCCCUCAUACUGCUCCUUCUCCAUUGGACGCCCCUUCACAUGCCUUCAUUUGGGAAAACUUUUACUUUUUUGGGUCAGAUCACGACCCACUGGACAAUGUCAAAGAAGAAAAAUGUCUAGCCUCAAUUGUAGUACAUGGGCUCUAAAACAUGCAGCGUUAGCCAUCGAUUGUGGUUUUGUUGCUUUCUACAUAUUCUUCCUCGUGAUUGUUGAUGUUAUUGUCAAACGGCAGACGUCUAAGCGCUCACAUCUUUCUCACUAUUUGCUCUACAGCCGUCUCUUAUAACUGUCACUGUGUCUGCUGCCAGUCGAAGCAUCAGGGCAAGGAGUACCGGCGCUUUUUGUUCUCUUAUAUUUAUGUGUGUGUCUAUCAGCAGAGAGCAACUCUCUCUUUCCUUUGGUCAAUUACAUCCCAAAAUGAUAACCCUCUUAGGCGAGAGAUGGAAACGCAUCUCAGCAUCCUGGUACUACAUCAUUGUUUUUUUUAUGUAUGCUGUGUCUGUCUUGACUCAUGUUCUAGUAGUUCUCCCUAAAGCAUGGGUUCUAGUUCUUUAAUUGAUCUGGAAAAUACAGAACAAAAGCACAAAAUAUUUGAGCGCGAGUGGCCAAAGUGUUAUCUCUUUUGGACAAUGUGUGUGUGUAUAGGUGUGCGUGUGUGUGUGUUUGUUCAAAUAGUGCUGAAAUAUCAUAGGACACUGAUCACUGAUCAUCACUGUGGGAAGGUUGAGCAUCACUUCACUUGAGAAGUUGAUGCUUUAUUCUCACAGGGUUGCAUCAGUUGUUUAAAUGACAAACAUGGUUGUGCUAUUCAAAGACAUUUGAUGAACUUGUGAUGUAAUAUCAAAGCGUACUAAUAGUCUAACUUGAUAAUGAUGGUGUCAAUAAUAUUUAUUAAUGAGAUGUAUAUUGAUAGGGAAUGGAUGCCAGUAUGUACAGUAACUACCCUGCAUGACUGUUUUGCUAGCAGGGACACAUAUACAUAUUAAAUUAUGGCUAAAAGCCAGUGUGGGAAGUGAAAACUUGUCAUACAUCAUAGAAAUAGUUUAACUGGACACGGUCUUGAUGAGUUUAGCAAAUAGCAUCAACCUCUAACUAGUGUGCACUAAGUCAAAUCAGAGGCUGUGUUUACAUGCACAGAGUGACCUUCUUAUUAACUGUGAUUGCGGUUGUUUGGAAGUUCUAUACCUGCUACAAUUAGCCAUCUUUUCUAUUAAAACCUAAAAGGGAAUUCCAGCAAUUAAUAUUGCAUGUCCAUUGAAUUAGAUGACUGUAGUAACAAAAAAAGCAGCAGAGGUCAAGAUGUCUUGACUUGAACAACAUAAUAUGGGUCACGUUCCACAGGAACUGGAUCCUAUAUUGCCCAUAAUGCCACAUUAGCAUCUUUUUGAUAGACCCAAACAUAAUGCCCUUUUUUUCAGUUUAUACAAAGUUUCUCUAGAGUGGCACUAUCGAGGGAUAUUAAAGAACAGUUUUCACAGGCUGAGCUGUACUGCCCAUGACCUUACCUGACCUUACCUGAGUCAGUGGGGUUCCCCUUUAAUUUGUUUGCGAAUAGUCUCAACCCACUAAUGAAGCCACCACUAUGCUUCUUCCACCUCUCCCACUUUGCGUCACGUCUGACAGCUCAUACGUCACUGUUUCUCUCAGAGUGCUAAAAAAUAACUCGACAAAUUAAUAAAAUGGACUGCCAUUUUGAAUAAGGCUACAGGAUUGAUUGAUAUUUUGAAUGCCUCAAUUUUCACUUCAAUUAAAUUAUCGAUUUGUAGUGAAAAUGCCAACUGCCAAUCUACUGUGUGCAUUGUAUGUUGGAUUGUUUUAACAAUGUAAAUCAGUAAUACAGUAACAGUAAUAUGUGCAAAAAAAAAUGACCUAGUCAGUUUUCUUUAAAAUACUGAAAGUAAUGGCCAUAAUUCCACUCUUAAGUCAUCUGCUCCAGUCUGUUAAACAUCAAGUAUGCAACAUGUCCUCUGAAUUUCUCCUCCCAGAUGGUGUUAUGCUUUAUGUAUUGACGUUGAUAGGCUUAAGUGGGAGGUACAUUCUAGCUAUAGAUAUGCAAUAAUCUCUUCUCGGAGAUUGAAAAUACUUUUGAUACACAUGCUCUGACUAAGGCUUUCUACAUGUAUGCUAUGAAACAAUGCCGCACUGCGUGGCACUUAUUUAAAAUGAUGGAUUAAGUUAAUCAAGGCAGCAGCGUGUCUCUGUGAGCUGUUUCCAAUAGUACAAAGGAAGAGUACAAAAUACAACAAACACCACAAUAUAAAAACAGAAAUUACACUAUGAGGAGUAUUUCAGUUUAAUCUGUCCACAUGAACCCAAAUAAACCUCUCUGUUAAAACCCCAGUGUUGAUGAAGCCUCAGGUUUGUAUAUGACACAGGGCAAAGAAAGAUGAUGUUAGGAUGUAUCGGAUAACUUUUCUGACAUCAAAACAUACCCGUAAUUCCCUAACCCAAGGGAAGUGAAGGCAUCUCUGUCACUUGUAUUAUAAUUAAACAUUUAUCGUGCAGAUAUACCUGAGCAGGUCUACAAAAUGUGUUAUGUGAUGCAGAAAGAGGUGUAUAUAUGGGGUUUUGAGCGUUUUCUAAACACAGUAACAGGUAAACAAUAUAGUUCUCUGUGCAUGUAAACAAAGCUAUUGUCAACCAGCUAUUCUGACUCAUUAGUUUUAUAUGACAAUGUUCUGUUGACUUAAUGAUGGAAAUGCUGGCUAGCAUUCUUAAAUUGCCUGUAUUCUCAAAGUCAAUAACCAGUUCCUUUCUUUGAAAGCCUCAUGGGGGGUGGGUUAUAUUGUAUUACAUCUUUUUUGUAGAAAUAUCAAAUAUGUGUUCCCUAAUCUUUUGUCAAAGUGUGUGGUAAAGGAAAUGUAUUAUGUCAUAUACUUGGUAAUCAUAAUGAUCAUUAUGGAGAUUUAUUUUCAACAUAUAUGAUUGACACAAUAAUUCAGGUCGGGGUGUUGGACUGUUACCUAAUGACAGUAGGAUUUCUGCAUUGAUGUUGUUUGCUUGCUUUUUUAUUUCAAACACAUCUUUCAUGCUUCAAGCUAAUUCAUCUGUCUUCAGUUCCAUGCAAACAUAAAUAAAAUGAAAACAACACGAACUGGAAAAAGUUUGUUAUUGAUAGAAAACAAACUGAACCGUCUAUUUCUCAUGUUGUCUCUAGCUAUUGUUAGGAAAAGCAACAUUACCAUGAUGCAUCAUGUGUUGUGCUCUUUUUACUUUUUUGUUUAACUUCUUUGGUUAAGUG